AAUUUUGGAGUUCCUUGGCAGGAAUGAGGAGAAUAUCUGAAAUGGAAAAAGUCCAGAGUACAGUAAUCAACAGUGAAAUGAGACAAAAGGAAGGAAAGGGGAAGAGUCAGAGUCUGGUGCUGUGUAAACACCCCUUUUAUGCACUAUUGCUUUCACUUCUCACUGCUUCCUGGUGAUACCAGAGACACACACUGUGAGGCUGAGGACGAGCAGAUCAAGGAGUGUAAUAUAAUGGCUAAUACAACCGUGGUGCUGAUUCCCCAAACUAAUGGCAGUGUUAUCCAAGCAGGCCAGGGGGUCCUUGGUGCUGUUACCCUACCACCAGGGACGGUACAAUACAUACAAUAUGUAGGCCAGCAGGUUGGAAACCCCAACAACCAACCUCAAACAGGGUGGAUGGAGAAACUUGUCAAAGUGGAGACCAAGACUCUGGGGGCCAUCCAGAUCUUAAUUGGUUUGAUACACAUUGGAUUUGGGAGUGUCUCAGCUGUUCUUUGUUCCUGGCUGUUGACUCUUGCUACUCUUGGAGGAUACCCAUUCUGGGGUGGACUAUUUUUCAUUAUUUCUGGAACCUUGUCGGUGUUAGCUGAGAAACGUGUAACUCCCUGUCUGGUGCGAGGCAGCAUAGGAAUGAAUAUCACAAGUGCUGUAAUGGCAUUAGUUGGCAUAAUUCUGUAUUUGGUAGAGCUGUCAGUCGGUCCUUUUUAUUAUUAUUCAUAUGAUUCCAAAUAUUAUUGGGCAAAGGCUGUAAGUACUGGUUUUGCCGUUCUUCUCCUCUUGUUCACCAUUCUGGAGUUCUGCAUUGCUGUCUCAUUAGCACAUUUUGGGUGCCAGUUAACCUGCUGUUCCAAUGACCCGGCAAUGGUUUAUAUUCCCUACACUGUUGAUGCGGCUCCCGCUGAAGGCAAUUGUGCUCCUCCUCCUCCUCUAGCUUCUGCUCCUCCUCCAGCUUACAGUACUGUGGAUUCUUUCCCCAAGAAUGAGUGAAGAAUCCAAGGAAGAAGUUGUAUAUGGGAGAUGCUCCUAAUGGAGUGAAAUUAACAUUCAUUUGCUUUUCUGUCUUUUUUGGCACAUAUAUCCAUUUUUAAUAAAAUUUU